CAAUGUUAGAUUUUAAAUAAGGACAUUUAGAAACUGGAGAAUUUAAUAAUAAUGAACCACACAAGAAUCAUUCUAAAUGGCUGAAAAUGGAAGAUCAAUCUAAAUAAGGGAAUCCUAUGAGAUUUGGCAAAGGAGAUAGAAUUGAGACUGAAAGAAUAAAACGAGGUGUUGACAAUAAUAGUUAGAAAAUUGAUUAUUUGGUAAUAUAUUUCUUAUACAGAAAAAAGACUUAAUGAUGUUGACUAAUCCUACAUGGAAAUAAUAUGAUAAAUCUAAAUGGAUGGAUAAAGAUACCUUUAAUAUAUAUAAUAAGAAGAGGUAUGACCCAGCAUCAUGGGAUCAAUUUCCAUUAGAUUAUUAAAAUUAAAGUAAAGUAUUUGUUGAAGGAUUUGAAGUAUUGGGAGAUCCAACACGAAAGAGAUUGAAAGAUUAAGAAGUAUUUAUUCAUUUAAAUCAUAUAGCAUAAGAGAACUGAAUAUAUUACUACUAUAAAAGAAGAUCAAAUUGAAACUACUCUUCAUAUAUCAAGAUCUUUAAGAACCUUUAAAGCUGAUUAAUUAAUUAAUGAAUAACCUAAAUUUGAUGAAUAUUCUUAAAAUGCAAAACUCAAAUAUUACAAAUCUGCUUUAAUUGAAACCAAAAGUAUCGAUCAUUAAAUACCAUAUUAACAUAGUAAUAAGUAUUAUAUUAUUGCAUUACCAAUAGCUUUAAAUCUCUAGAAUUUAAAAAUCUUAGACCUGAAUUAAAAUCAAAAGUAUUUCGUAAUUCAUUAACUACUUCCACCAAAGCUUAAACUUAGAAUUGCAAUUAGACUCCUUUAAAAACAACUUAAACCAAAUUUGAAACUGAAUAGGCAACUACUACAGUUUAAAUGCAUUCUAAAUUAUCAAGAAUCCAAGAGGUUUCUUAAAAUUUGAUUGGUUCAGAUUAAAAGAUAACUAUUAAUCAAAAGACUUUAGAAAGUGAAUAGUCAAAAUCUAAGACUUAAUUUAAUAAAUAAUAAUAAUUAGAUAAUCUUAUAAAACUCAAAUAUCCAUAUCAUUAGGAGAAUGAUGAAACAACUAAUAAGAUUUUACAUGAAUAUUUUAGAUGUUAAUGA